CAAAAUGUCAAAUUUGAAAACACAUUUUCCAAUUUGAAAAAUAAAAAAGAUGUCUUUAAAUGUAAUGUGCCUAACUUCCAGUGGAGGUUUACCUUUGUUCAUACGUAAAAAAGGGGACACCAUAAAUCUUCCUUUUUCAACCGUAGCGGCUUUAAAUGGGGUUCAUAUGUUUGGAAAAUCACACAAUAUAGAAUUAUUAAAUACAGGAACAGAAAAUGCAGCAAUUGUUUGGAAAGAGUUCCAAGAUAGUAUUGUUCUAAUUGGAAUAGCCCACGAAACGAGCGAAGAAAUUAUCUCACUAUUGCUAGAAUCCAUAUUCCAUGCCAUGGUUUUAACAGUCGGAUUAGAAGAUAUUAAAAAUCAACGAAAUGUAGAACGUUUAAAACGAGAUUUGCGGAUAAGUUUUCCAUUGAUAGAUCGAUUAUUAGAAUGUGUAGACACAGCCUCGACUGUUAACGAAAUUGUUGAUCUAGUUGGUUUAUCCGAAGUAAUUUUAACUCCAGAAAAUCAUUUAUUACAAACAGUUUUGGACACAUACGCCGAAUGUAUGGAUUCAUUAUACGGCUGUCUAUUAAUCCACGGGCGAAUUGCCGUAGCAACAAAAAAUUGGUGGAGUUUGCAUCCUGAUGAACGAAAGUUGCUUUCCUUGUUGAUAUCCACAGAUAAUCUAGCAACAGCUCGUGAUAUUCCUAUUUUUCUACCAUAUAAAAGUCCUGAGGUCGCUUUCCGAUUAGUAACAUGUACAUUAAUAAAAAAUGUAGUAGUUUGUACAAUUUGUGGACCUGCACCAGAAUUAGCUGAAGUUGAUCACAUUGUAGUGCAAUGUUUUAAAACAAUGGUUGAAGUCUUGAAAUCAGCCGAACAAUGUUACCCAAGAAAUUUCCCACAAUCAUUACAGUUGGCACCUGAAAUAUUAGGGUUAUUACUCAUAAACACCGAUGAUAAAAAAUUUAUGUUAUCCAGAAAUGCUCAGCAAGUUUCAAAAAAACGUUCUCUAAGUGGUAUGCAUCGACUUGACACUCUACGAACGUUUUAUUAUGAAUCAGUUAAAACAUUUUUAAUGCCAACGAACGAUGCAGAUCCCGAAGAAGAGGAUGCUAAUUCAGAAGCACAUGAAACUUAUUGGUGUUCUGAGUACCAUAAAUGCCAUGCUUUAAAAGUAGCUAAUAAUAUUUUAUGCCUUUUAUAUACGUCAGCCGUACAAACACAUACAAUGCGUUUGAUGAGUCAGAAAACGUUAAAAGACUUAAUUUCGGAUAAACAAUUAUGUUGGUAAAUGUGCCUAAAAUUAUUUUAGAUUAAUUUCCAAUUAGUUCUUCUUUUCAUUCUUAAUAGCGUCAGAUGAAAAAUGAUUAUUAUUAAUAUACCCUACUUUUAAAAACAGCCUACCCAUUCGAACAAGUUAGCAAAUUUAUUAGGUGCAUAACCAUCACAAUUUGACACCCUCUACCCAUUUAGGCGUUAUUUUUCACCCACAUAUUAUUUAAAAAAGGCAUAAUUUGUUAAUUUUAAUUAGCAUAUCAUUGCUCAUUGGUCAUGCCACCAACUAAAAUGUUUCCCCUACGUUUCUGUAUUGUUUGUUGGGGGAAUGUUAAUCCGGAAACUUUCGACAUUUUAACUUAAAAACUGGAAUGCAUUCGAUAAAUUUACCGAAGAAAAAUUGAAAUGUCCCCAUUUAAAAAUAAUUCUAUACGAUCCAACUGUUAACUUCGAAAACGGCAACCUCUACUCGAGAAUGGAAAUAAAAAUAUGCAAUAUUUUAAGAGACUUAUAUUACGUUAUAACUUAUUUUACGAAAUCAAAUUUCAAUUUACCACAAUUUCCAAAUGUUUUAGUACUUUAUAGUACCUACGUAAUAUAUGAACUAAUAGCUGAACAUUAGGUCAUACAUUACGUCUGAUAAGCCUAAAAUAAAACACACACACGCCAGGAUUUCCUCUAGGAAAAACUGUACAAGAAAUUCUGUGUGUGUGUACGUUAUGAAUAACAAGACAUACUUAAUUAACCAUUUAUGGAAUGCUUUAGUCACUCUUUUAUAACAUUAACUUGUAAGUUAAUAAAAAUUGGCUAAAUCAGUCUCUAAAGAAAUGGAGUAUCUUGAAAUUUGGUUUUCUGGAUACCGUCCAAAUAUAAAAAAAAUUAACGAACGAAUUUAUG